AAUUUAACAAUUUCGAUGGCUUGUUCAUUAAUGUUGAAUCUAGUUAAAAUAAUCUGCACGUUAUUUAUAUUCAAUGUGUUAGCUUUAAAGAAACAGCAAAAAUCAGGUGAUUUUUGCAUUAUGGAGACGGGAAAACCUGGACGUUGCAUAGGAAUCAAGGAUUGUCCUGAAGCCCUCGAACUGUUGAAGGAAGGAAUUGCAAGAAAAGUCUGCAGCUAUGAUAAUGGUUAUCCAGUCGUGUGCUGCGGGAAAACGCCGGGAGUAAAAAGUCUAACAUAUUGCAAUAAUACACAAACGCCAAUACCAAAGUUCGAAAGGUUCCCUAUAAUCGGUGGUGGAAUUCCAUCUCUUGCCAAAGAAUUCCCUCACAUGGCGGCAUUAGGCUUUGAUAACAAUGGAAAAAUUAUUUGGGGAUGCGGAGGUAGUCUAAUCAGUACGAGAUUUGUAUUGACAGCAUCUCACUGUUUAUUCUCACCCGAAUUCGGUCACGUCAAAUAUGUACGACUUGGUGACUUGAACUUGACGAGCAACGAUGACCAAGCGUUGCCACAAGAUUUCACAGUUUUAAGAACGCACAAGCAUCCGAUGUAUAAGCAUCCAUCUAAAUACCACGACAUAGCUUUGCUCGAAUUGGAUGGUGAAGCGAAUAUGACUGAUUACGUAAAACCUGCAUGUCUGAAAGUUGAUAACUUAUCGACGUCCGAUGACUACAUAGCAACUGGUUGGGGUUCAACAUCUUUUUAUGGAGAUACUUCGGAUCACCUUCAAAAAGUUAAUUUGCAGGAGAUCAAAAAUGGAGAGUGUAAUGAAUAUUACCCAAUGAAUGACAGGAUCCUUAAGAAAGGUAUUCAAGAGACCUAUCAGAUUUGUGCAGGAAAUCCUGGGAAAGAUACUUGCAAGGGAGAUUCUGGUGGUCCUUUGCAGACAUAUAAUGACGAGUAUCGAAAUGCUUAUGAUAUCGUUGGAAUAACAUCGUUUGGAAAAGCUUGUCUCUUGACGUUAAGUCCAGGCGUUUACACAAGAGUAGCAGGUUACAUCGAAUGGAUCGAGGAAAUCGUAUGGCCACAGCUAGAGAUUUAAGAUAAAAACAAUAAUUGGUAUAUGAUACCAGAGAUAACAAAAUAUCUUCU